AUGUUUCCGACCGUCGCGCCUUUUCCGUCGGUGCAUCCGCAUCAUCAUAUGCACCCGUAUCCUACUCCCGACGCCCUGAGAUCACCUUUCCACAAUGUGAACGAACACGGUCUACCCGGUGCUCACGACCCCUCGAUGACCUUUCAAAAUCCCAUCCUGCGCUCCCGUGUACAACUACCGCAACCCGUUCAGCGAGUCGACACUCGUGAUGCCACAGCGCCAGGCUCCAAUGCUCAUGCGAUGGCGGAGCAUGCGUUGAGGAGAAAGACGCCGAAUGGGACGCUCGCCGCGGGCUACGAUGGAACCCCAGGCGACAGCAUGAUUCAACCGGCAUCCAAACAUAUCCUGGUCUCCCCAAUGGAGUCGAAUUACUUCAUCCCACCACAGUCAAGGCGACUCUCGACUUCCUGGCAGCAGCCUGCACCAGAUCAACCCGAGCUGGGGAAUGCCAAUUUUCCACCAGUAUUCAAAAGUGAUGGAACCGGUCCCUUCACAAGUGGGGAUCGGAUACAUGGCGCCAACGGCACUGGCUGGGUGCGUCCAGUCAAUCAUCACCCGGGAGUCGACUCGUUCUUGAACCAAAGCUUGCCGUUGCAGGGAGCACCUCGAUAUGUAUUGCAUAAUGGCGCCUACAUUCCCACGGUCUUGCCAGCAACGCUUCAGCAAUGCGUGGGCCCAACAGCCUCAGCAGGAACCGCGCCGUACGGACCAUACUGGCCUGAUGGGGUCUUUAUCCCCUAUCGCCCGGCGGCCAUUCGUGACGCUCGCUUUGGAGCCCCUCCACCCCCCGUGCAAUCUUUCUUCGACCCGAACCAGCAUGCUCUCGAUCCUUUCCGCUCUCCGCUUGACCCUCGUUCCGGGCAGCCAUUCUCCUGGGAUCGAUCGGUACCCGUGCUGCCAUCGCAGGACCCGCUCAUGAAGCCCCUGUUUCCUCCACGGCACUCGGAUCAAUUAUCAUAUCACGCUCGCGUUGUCAACCGGCUUGACUCAACGGCCACACCCGACUUGUUGAAUCAUGAUCCCACGGCAUGGACCAGUCAGACGUCUGAUGUACCUCUACAGGGUCACGCUGCCGCCCCUACAGGCAAAAUCGAGUUUAAGGAGAAGAUUCUAUCCUGGGCCCACGGGGUCUAUGUUGACUUGCUGGCCACGAUCCACCAGGCUCGUCGUAAUAGUCUUACCUCUGGUGCAGUCGAUGCACAGGCGUCACGCUACCUCAAACCCAGCAUUUAUCCGAAACCCCCACGUCAACCCGGCUUGGACUUCUCGCAAAAUCCUUCUGAUUCUCUGCGUCACAACAGCUAUCCAUCUGGCCAGGAUGACUUGCCACGACGCAAGCAUGAGAUGGCAGGAAACUCCCAUGUAGAUGAUUUGCCGUCAGCCAGGUAUCCGUUGAGUCACGCCCAGGGACAACGUCCGUCUAUGGGCCGCUUUCCAGAGGUUCGCAGCAGCGGCGUAGACUCCGAGGUUAGGGGAACAGGCCGUUUUCGAGCGCAAACGGGCCCUCGAAUCCACGGGUCCGUCUUGAAUGAGGGAUCAGCCGUCAGCAAUGCAGCCUCCGCUCUCGAAAUGCUGUCCCACCUUUGCUCAGAGAGUAAUUGGGAAUGGAUAGACGGAAUGUUACUCGGUGGCUGCCUGGCCUACGGGUUAGGGGACUAUCAUAAAGCGAUGCGAUGGUACUCGCGAAUCAUCGCGCGUGAUGCGAGCCACGUUGAAGCCAUCUCCAAUCUGGCCGCCACGCUUCUUGCGCUCGACCGGCGCGAAGAAGCCAUGCAGCAUUGGCUUCGCGCGGUCAAGUUGCGCCCGAGCUUUUUCGAAGCCGUCGAGCACUUGAUUGGCCUCUUGUGCACUAGUCAGCGAGGAAGAGAAGCCGUCAAUAUUAUCGAUUUCGUUCAAUCCUCCCUGCGUCAUCCCAAGGAUGGGGACUAUUUCAAAGCCGACGAGCAUGCCAGUGAACCUGAAAGCGAUGCCGAGAGCAACGUUUCCGACGUCGGCAUGUAUGACAGGGCAUCUUUUGACUACGAUAAUGACUUGGGUCGGGCGCAUGGUUUGAAAUACGGCGGAUCACUUGACUCUCCGACUGCACCUGGCUUUGCCACGAGUGGGUAUGCCAUUGCAGGCUCAGACAAUGGUCGGAUGCUCGCUCUGAUCCAUGCUAAGGGAAACAUGUUGUACGCUCUGGGCGAUAACUUAGGCGCUGCGUCUGCAUUCGAGGAUGCGGUUUUGAUUGCUGCGGGGAGGAGACGACAUGGUGUGCAAAGCUUAAUCAAGCAGAUAUUUGCUGCCUUUUCGACUUCUCCAAGCAAUGGGUACCAUCGGGCCGAGGUGGACCGCAAUGAAAACAUUCUAUUGUACCCUGAUCGAGCUCUGCAAACCGCAAAGCUUGUCUUCCAGGCCGGCGGACUGCCACCUGGUUUGAGAUUUGUGGCGGAAGGAAUGGCACGCAGCGCUGCGAUUUCUACCACAAGCAACUCCUUGCUCUCUCUGGCCAAGAUCUACCAGGAUGGGAUGGCCGCCAUCGCAUCUGCUACUCCCAAAGCUGCGCCCGGUGUGCGAGAUAUUCUUGCCCUUUAUUACCUUUCUCUUUCGUUACAACCGAGCCCAUCCACAGCCAAUAAUGUCGGGAUCCUGUUGGCUGGUAUUCAGAAUACUUCACCUGCUCGCGGGUUGAGGCGUCCCAAUGGUGACACACAGCAUCCUGACAUUCCCGGCGUUGUGCCCGGCAGUGGUAUUUCGUUGGCCUUGGCAUACUACAAUUACGGUCUGCAACUCGAUUCGCGGCAUGCCCAUUUGUACACGAACUUGGGUAGUCUGCUUAAGGAUAUCGGUCAGCUUCAGGCUUCAAUCAAGAUGUACGAGCAAGCCGUUCACUACGAUGGCAACUUUGACAUUGCACUGGCCAAUCUGGCCAACGCCGUGAAGGAUGCCGGUCGUGUUAACGAUGCAAUCUCCUACUACAAACGUGCUGUAAAGGUCAACCCCGAAUUCGCGGAGGCUGUUUGCGGCUUGGCCAAUGCGCUCAAUUCCGUGUGCAACUGGACAGGUCGAGGAGGAAUCGUCAAUAGCCGUGGUUUCAGAGACCGUUGGCAUGUCGACGACAAGGGCAUGCUUCGAGAUUCACACAACACCUCCGACUCCGGAGUAGGCUGGAUCCAAAGGGUGGUUGACAUUGUGGAUCGCCAAUUGCGGGAAGGGGAGAAUUGGGGCCGAGGUCUGUUGACAUCGAACGUGUCCGAGCAACUGGUGGCACAGCUAUCCAAUGCUUUAGAGUCGUCCUAUUUGGGUCACUCUGCCCCAUCCCGUAGGCUGGCCCUGGCUCAGAUCCUGCAGUCUUGGGCGGGUCAGAAGUGGGAGGGCUCUCGCCUUGUUCGUCUCGUCGAGAAAGCCAUACGUUCCAUCAUGUGGCGCUGGUAUCAGGAUCGCUAUGUCCACGGGCGGGAACUGCCUGACUCUCAGUAUCGUCGACCUCAACUUCCGACAGCGUUGACUGCUCCCAAUGCUCCCACCGUCUUACCAUUUCAUACAUUCACAUGUCCUCUGUCUGCCAAACAAAUCCGGCAAAUAUCUCAGCGAAAUGGUCUCCGCAUAUCGUGUUCGACACUUCGUUCGCCGUGGCUUCCUGCUACUGUGUAUCCACCGCCAUCUCCUCCCAGCCCGCACCUUCGCGUCGGGUACGUGUCGUCAGAUUUCAAUAAUCAUCCGCUGGCCCACCUGAUGCAGUCAGUCUUUGGGUUACACAAUCCUCGUCGAGUGCAAGCCUAUUGUUACGCCACCACCGCCAGUGAUAAGUCCAUCCAUCGACAACAGAUCGAGAAGGAGGCCCCUGUCUUCCAUGACGCCAGUGGGUGGUCUGUGGAUCGGCUUGUUCAACAAAUUGUCAAGGAUGGGAUCCAUAUCUUGAUCAACCUGAACGGCUACACCCGAGGAGCUCGGAACGAAGUAUUUGCCGCUCGACCUGCACCUAUUCACAUGUCUUUCAUGGGCUUUGCUGGUACUCUGGGGGCGGAGUGGUGCGAUUACAUCCUCGCUGACGAGCUCUCUAUUCCAACAGAGACUCUGAGUCCAGGCCGUCGCACCGCGCGUAUCGAAGAUCGCUUGCUCGAAGAGGACAACUCUGAGGAUCUUGAGGACUGGGUCUACGGAGAGAAGAUGGUUUACACUAGAGACACAUUUUUCUGCUGUGAUCAUCGUCAGAGUGCACCGGAUGCAGGUGAACAGCCCUUGUCUUGGGAACAAGAGCAGCAACGUCGCUGGAGGAUGCGGAAAGAGCUUUUCCCACAUCUCAGCGACGAUACCAUCAUUCUGGGUAACUUUAAUCAACUCUACAAGAUUGAACCGACGACAUUCCGGACAUGGCUCCGAAUUUUGGCGCGCAUCCCUAAUUCUGUCUUGUGGUUGCUACGCUUCCCGGAGACUGGCGAGCAAAAUUUGCGAGAGACUGCCAAAGCGUGGGCAGGCGAAGAAACGGCAUCCAGAAUUAUCUUCACCGACGUCGCACCAAAGAAUGCGCACAUUGCGAGGGCCAAGGUCCUGGACUUGUUUCUGGACACCCCCGAAUGUAAUGCCCACACCACGGCGACUGACGUUCUCUGGAGUGGCACUCCGCUGCUCACGCUGCCUCGCUACAAGUACAAGAUGUGCUCUCGUAUGGCGAGCAGUAUUCUCAGCAGCGCGCUACCAAGUGAUAAGGCUGGGCGAUGGGCGCGCGAAGAGCUUAUUGCGAGCUCCGACGAUGAUUAUGAGAACAAGGCAAUUCGGCUCUGCUUGGACCUGCAGUAUGUGCCCGGCGGUGAGGGUCGGGCGCGCGGCCGACUGGCGGAUCUUCGACAGAUGCUUUUCUUGCAACGAUAUCAAAACAAGCUAUUUGACACGGCGCGCUGGGUCCGCGACUUAGAAGAUGCUUACGAGGCGGUUUGGGCGCAAUGGGUGAAUGGCGAAGAGGGCGAUAUCUGGUUAUAA